GGAAAUACAUUUACGCACACAAAAUUUUUGCGCGAAAGUUUCUUCUGCAUGUUUUUGUUCGCUCUGCCCCUACAUAUGUAAAAAAAAUUAUAUUAUUGACUGUUUUCUGCCAAAACAGACAAGAAACCACAAGCAUGGACGAAUAUGAUGAAAUGUACGGGAUUGAAGAUGAUUUUGAGCAACAGUUUGCGGAUGAACUGGAAGUGAUGGCGGAAAUAGACUUCGAGCCUCCACUAUGUGCAAAAGUGUCUGAAUUACGCAAUAAGAAACAGAUCUCACAGACAUUUGAGGAGGCCAUCACGUCAGGUGACCUGCCAUCAAGUAAAUCAGUGAAUAACCAGAAUCUUGUGAGCACCACAGCGAGCAUCUCACCUCCAGCGUGCGAGGAGGACGAGUCCUUGACCCCUAAACCCAAGAAACGGAGACAAGAUGUGGUGAAAAAGCUUGAGUUUUGUGUUGAACAUGGUGAUGACAUCACCCCUCCCUCUUCCCCAGAGGUUUACGAUAAGUCAGCGAGAGAUGGGCCUGGAGUUUUGCUGUCCUUCAGUCCUGUCAGACCAGCAGCUACCAAGAUAUCAACCAAUGUGUUGGAUAUUAGUGGACUAGCAGCUUUGCAGGAGUCACCAAAGAGGAUCACUGCAGCAAGACGCCAUACCCAAAAACGCACACCAGCAAUUGGAGAUUACAUCACUGUCACAGACUCCAUGGGGAACAGAGUCUAUCUUAGCAAGAAAGAGGAAGAGGAGAAGGCGCCAGACCCAAGAGCCUUCCGUAACUCAUUGAAUGGACUAGGACUGCUAGCUGUUCCCAUUGAAGUGCUGAAAGAACAAAUUGCAGAGAGACGCCAUCGACAAAUGAUUGAAGAAUCCCAAAAACUGACAGAACUGCUGAAUAGUGGUACAGAUCCAGAGCUUCUAGCAGAAGAGCAGACAGACUCUGGUGUGGUUGGUGAUAGUGGGGAAGAAGGAGGCUCUUCCUCUCGGCUGUGGGUGGAUCAGUUCUCGCCAAAGCACUACACAGAGCUACUGAGUGAUGAUUUCACUAACCGCUGUCUGUUGAAGUGGCUGAAGCUUUGGGACACUGUGGUCUUUGGUAGAGAGAGGAAACCCCGUCCGGCUCCUGCAGACGCCAGAUCGAAUUUUACAAACACUCAAAACCAAAACCUAUCUCAGCGUUUCAAAACCAAGAGUCAAAUCACAGAAGAGAUCCUGGAGGCUGAACUAGACCAGUACAAAAGACCGAAAUUUAAGGUGGCACUGUUAUCAGGUCCUCCUGGACUGGGGAAGACCACGCUUGCUCAUAUUAUUGCAAAACAUGCUGGAUACAAUGUGGUGGAAAUCAACGCUAGUGAUGACCGUAGUGCAGAGCUCUUCCAGAAACGUAUUGAUACAGCAACACAGAUGAAGUCAGUCCUUGGAGCCAAUGAGAAGCCCAACUGCCUUAUUAUAGAUGAGAUUGAUGGAGCUCCUUCUGCUGCCAUCAAUAUCUUAUUGGCCACCUUGAACAGGAAGGAUGGCAAAGAGGUGGAGGAGUCAGGCGUUAAUGCCUUGAAAAAGAAAAAGAAGAAACAAUCUGUGCUGCUUAGACCAAUUAUCUGCAUCUGCAAUGACCUUUAUGUCCCAGCUCUGAGGCCUCUGAGACAGCAAGCGUUCCUAUUGGCCUUUCCACAGACACUGCCCUCCCGCUUGGCUCAAAGACUGACAGAGAUCACACGUCGUCAGGGUAUGAAGGCAGAUACUGGCACUCUGAUGAUCUUGUGUGAAAAGACCGACAAUGACAUUCGUGCUUGCAUCAACACAUUACAGUUUUUACACAGCCGUGGACAGAAGCACUUGGAUCAGCGCAGUGUUAGUUCCAUGUGUGUUGGGUUGAAAGACCAAAACAAGGGACUCUUCUCAGUUUGGCAGGAAAUCUUCCAGCUUCCUCGAUUGAAAAGGAAGCGGAUUGGUGGAGAUCCUUUUGGAGGUUUUGAUGAGGCAGGGCCUAAAGAUGGCGUACAAAGACUUCAGCACAUCUUACAUGUAGUCUCCUCUAAUGGAGAGCAUGAGAAACUUACUCAGGGUUUGUAUGAUAACUUCCUCAGUAUGAAGCUUAAGGACCCAGGGAUGUUGGGUGUGUGCGCAGGGCUUGACUGGUUGUGUUUCUCCGACCUGUUGAAUGAGUGCGUUUUACAUGGACAAAACUACUCUCUCAUGCGAUACCUCCCUUUCCUGCCCGCUGCCUUCCACCACCUAUACGCUGCAAACUCUGUCCCACGCAUCAGUUACCCACACAGCCACUAUGAGGCUUUAACUAAAACCCAACACACAAAGAAUGCACUGAUUGCCAUGUUGAAUGAUAUCCCACCUGCCGUACAGAGUCGUGUUUGCAUGAACACUCUCUGUUUGGACAUUCUCAGCCUUCUACUGGAUCUCAUCUCCCCCAAACUGCGGCCAGUAAACCCUCAGCUUUACAGCACCAGGGAAAAGCAGCAGCUCUAUGAUUUGAUCGACACCAUGAUCAACUACAACCUGACCUACAGACAAGAUCGCUCACCAGAGGGACAGUACGCUUAUGUGCUGGAGCCUGAUUCGCCUCAAUCCGGGUGGCGGAGGACGAAUCCCAGCUGCCUCCGCGUCUGAGACCGCCAACCCGCGCAUCUUAUCACGUGGCUUGUUGAGCGUGUUGCCACGGAGACAUAGCGCGUGUGGAGGCUUCACGCCACCCACUGCGGCAUCCACGCUCAACUCAUUACACGCCCCACCGAGAACGAACCACAUUAUAACGACCACGAGGGGGUUACCCCAUGUGACUCUACCCUCCCUAGCAACCAGGCCAAUUUGGUUGCUUAGGAGACCUGGCUGAAGUCACUCAGCACACCCUGGGAUUCGAACUAGCGAACUCCAGGGGUGCUAGCCAGUGUCUUUUACCACUGAGCUACCCAGGCCCCCAUGACAUGCCUUUUUUUAUUAUUUAAAAGUGUUCCUUAAGGUUCACUUAUAAUAGUAGUAGGGUUGUCAUAAAAUAUUGAUAUAUUGAUUAUUGAUCAGCACUUUAUUUUAUCGCUACAUUUUUGAGGCAUCGAUAUAUUAACAUCAGCCUACAUUUCAAUUAGAAGCCUAAUUUGUGCGCAUUCAAUUCACUGCGAGUUGCAUUCCAUUCAGUGUAGUCUGACAUAAUAGCUUUGGGAGACUACAAACAUGAUCAUUUUCCACCCUCAUUCUGACCCUCUGCCAAAAACACUGACAGAGGGUCAGAACACUGGUGUUGGUGCUUUUUCUACUUUAAGACUUGACAGUAAACGCCCACUUUUCUGAUUGGCUGUCUGCUCUUGACAUCUCACUGCUCAUCUCUGCUGGGCAGGCUACGGAAGUGAUCAAAGAUAAAGUAGGUGUUGAUGUGUUGAUGUGGAGGCGGUCAGAUGCACAGUGUGAAAUCGCAGUGUAGAGGAAGGGUUGUUUUGACAACUUGGUUUAACCAAUGCUUUUUUUACAGUGAGGUGAAAGUUUUGAGUUCUGAACCGCACAGGAUGUUAUUGUAGUACAAUGACCUCUUAUAUGUCAAAAGUUCAAGGAAAAUUUGAUUCCUCGUGUCAUGACCCCUUUAAUAAACAUCAACCUUAUAUAUAGACUACAUCACAAGAUUACACACAGUGACAUUUAUUGAGUGAUAUUUGUUUACCUGUUCAUCAUGAUUUGUGAGAGAUUAGGCUUUAGCUCCAGAUUAUUCUCUCUCUCUCUCUCUCUCUCCCCCUCCCCCCUUCUUUUUGUGUUACUCUCCAUACCCCUGUUUUAAUUUGGCAUUUCUGUCAUGAGAACUUUUUGCUACUCAUCUUUGAAACUGCAAUAUGCUGCACUUCAGCAUAAGGAGAGAACCACAAUCCUCUCUGUGGGUUACGAUUCUCUAACCACAUAUUAAUUGAUGGAAUUGAAGCUGAAAACAUUGAAACGCAAGCUUUUGUUAGUCUUUAAAGCGGAGCUCUUGCUGCUGAAACUUUGGACUUCUGCUUGACGCCACUAGAAAAGGAUAAAAACCAGGAAUGAGAAGAUGAAGAAAAGAUUUGGACUGUUGGAUUGAUUUUCACAAGGGGAAUUCAAGCUGAAACUGAAGAAGAGAACCUGUGUACAUGUUUGCAUUUUAUCUUUAUAGCAUUUUUCGUGUUGUGAUUAGGCCUAGAUUUAGAUUUUUAUUGAAUAAAAUGGUAACUGUUGUGUAAUUGUCUAGUAAUGCAAUGUAAAAAAAAUCUAGUAAUUUUUUUCUUCUUCAGUGGCCGAUGCUGAUAUCUAGUGAGACGGGUGGCCGAAGACUGUUAUAACGGCAGUAUAUUUAUAAGAUAGAAUGAGAUUAUUGCAAAUAAAGCGUACACAAAAUUGCAGAAAUUAUAAUUUAUUUUUACAUUUACAAAACUCAAAUAUUUGAGCAGAAAAUUAGCAUUAUCCAUUGACAGGAUGUUGGUGGAUAUUUGACCUGACAAGAUCAAGUUAAAGGAAUGUUCUGGGUUUAAUACAAGUUGAGCUCGAUUGACGGCACGGAAAAUAGUUUUUACUCUUACCUCGUUUAUUAAACCCCGCCCCCCCCCCCC